AUGUGCAAAUACAGUAAUUCUUGUGCUGCUAUUAAGAUUAGUGAGGGAUGUUGUAGUGGUUCUCAUGUUGGUGAUGUUGUUGUGGGUGAAAAGAGAAUUGUGGAGGUUGAUGGUGAUAAUUCUUGUAGAAUUGAUUCUGUAAUUUGUGAGAGUUCUUUGGUUAAUGAUUGUGAUGAUUUUGGUGGUUUGUUGCCUAGUUUUUAUCAAGAACCAGAGAGAGUUUUGUUGUCUGGUAGUUGGAAGGGGAUUAUACUUAGUGUUGGUCAAGAAUUUGAAGGUGGAGUGCCGGCGUUCCGCAUUGCAUUGGCUAAGUAUGCAAUUGAGUGUGGUUUUGUAGUGAAUUAUUUGAAGAACGAUGCAACAAGAGUAACUGCUGAAUGUAAUGUGCAUACUUGUGGGGUUGUUGCUCGUAGAUCUUGUAGCAAAAUGGUUGGUUCUAGACUUGUGUCUGAUAUUGUGCAUAAUGAUAUUAGUGAUAAUCCAUUGACUCGUCCUAUUAAAGUUAAAAAAAAGUUGAAGAAGCAAUAUGGUGUAGAUAUUUCUUAUCGGGUUGCAUGGUUAGAAAUUGAUAAGGCAAGAGGUGGGUUGUUUGGUGAUUUUGUAACUUUUUUUGACCAACUUCGAUGGUACCUUAAGACGGCUAUGAGAACGAAUCCGGGAAGUGUGUUUGAAUUAGAUGUGGAUGAAGGUAGUAAGUGUUUUCAGAGGUUGUUUGUGGCAUUUCAUGGAUGUUUGUAUGGCUUUCAAUUUUGUCGUCCGUUGUUGUUUGUUGAUGGUACAUUCUUGAAGGGGCGUUACAAGGGACAUUUGCUUGCAACAACAUCAAAGGAUGGUAAUCAAGGUUUGUUUCCUUUGAAUUUUAUGAUUGUUGACGUUGAAAAUCAAGAUAAUUGGAUGUGGUUCUUAAGUCAGUUGUUAAAGGCUGUUGGUUCAGGCCGGAGAUUGACCUUUGUGUCUGACCAUCAACAUGGAUUGCUAGACACUCUUUCAAAAUUGAGGCGUAUUGCUGGGAAUGGUAGAGUUGAUAGUAUGUUGGAUGGUUUGCAAAAUGAUAAGUGGGCUAAUGCAUUUUUUAGAGGUAAACGAUAUAGUGAGAUGUCAUCUAAUGCUGCCGAGUCUUACAAUAAUUGGAUUGGUGGGGCCCGUGAGUUGCCUAUUACUUGUAUGGUUGAUAUGAUUAGGGUUCAAAGCAUGACUCAAUUGUCGAAUAGAAAAGCUGAAUCUAAAAGAUGGACUACGAAAUUGUGUCCAGUUAUGGAAAAGAAGAUGGUGGACUUUUUGAAGCUAGUUAAGUCUUGGGAUGUGAUUGUUGCUAGUGAUACUGUGCUUGAGGUUCACUAUUCUAUUUCUUUUUAUGUUGAUAUUGAUUGUUUUAGAGAGUCAUACAAGGAAUCUGUUUAUCCAGUGCCUUCAAGUGAGAGAUUUGACUUUGAUGGUGCUGGUAGUUCGAUUAUCAAUCCUCCUAUAACGAAGAAGCAGCCUGGGCGGAACAAGAAGAAGAUGAUACCUUCUAGGGGUGAGAAUAUGAAGUAA